GCUAAAUGUGCUCUUUUUAAUGAUUUUUCUCGAUCGAUCGAUCGAUCGAUCGACGUUAGCUCUCAUGGUAGCUAGAGGAAGGAGAGUUCCGCCUUGUUGGUCACGUGAUCGUGAGGUCAUCAUACGGCCACCUGGAUAGACCAAAACAGCUGAGCAUAGCGUGCGUGCGGCACUUGCCGGCCCCCAUUUGCACUCCGCCUUAUGUCUUCCCAAAUUAUGCUACGUAUUUACAAUAUGUUGUUUUUCUUCGGGAAAUAGUCCACUUUUUAGACUAGAUGGAAUCCGAGGGAGCCGUCCAUGUUGUGUCGCGCAGCAGCAAUGUCCUCCAGAGGUGGCAGAGAGGAGCCAAUAAUUUUCUCCGCUGCUUUCACCACCCUCUGCAGAGAUUUUUUGUCCGCUACCGAGCAGGUUCCAUACCACGUUGGGAUGCAGUAGGCCCCUCAGAAAGUAAGUGGAGUCUCUGGCGAGCUUUCCUCACUAUGGCCGAGGAGUUAGCUGACCAGCAGAGGUCAUCAGAUAGGUGUACGCCGAGGAAUUUAAAGGCGGGGUCAUCGACAGACAUGACGCGCAGCGAAGAAGAGUCCCUGGUCGACGGGCCGCUCAUCUCGGCCGACGCCCUCCACGCCGCCAUCAGGAGAGAGUUCCGCGGCGUGCCCACCGCCUGCCCCGCCGUCCUGCUCUCUCUGCUGCACGUGGUGUUUGUGGUCCUAUCGGCGUGCGUCUCCCUGAUGUGCGUUCUAAAACUGGGCCACGAAGAGGCAUGCGCAAAAGUUCUGGGACCCGAGCGCGGCGACAGCGUGGUGGUCUUCGCCAAAGCCGUCCUGUGGCUACUGGUGGCGGCGUUCACCCGCUGCGCUCGGCACCACCAAAGCAAAGCCCGCCGCAGAGGCUACCUGCGCUUUUACAGAAAAACGGCGACGCUCCACAGCGUGCCUCUCGCCGUCCACUCCGCAGGCAACGCCGUGCUCUUGGUCGUCGUGGCGGCGCCAAUGUCAGCGGCGGAGCGCGCCUACGCGCUGGUGGCUCUUUUGGUGUUGGAACUACUUGUUGCAUUGCCCUGCCUCAUCUAUUACACAGUUAAAGUGAUGAUGUUCAAUGCGGAACGCGCGCCCCCCGACGUCAGCCGGGAAGAACGAUGGCACCGCCCGCCCACCGAGACUGGAUUCAGAGAGGGUUCCUGCCUGGAGGAGGUGGUGGAGAAGCAGGCCGACCUGAUCGAGUACCUGAAACAGCACAACGGCUUACUGAGCAAGAGGCUGCUCAACCUCACGGCUCAGCACUGAUCAAAUCCCAACUUUAGCUAAAAUGAAAAUGCUCCAGGGUCUCAGGUGAGCUGCCUUUUUUUUUAAAGGAGCCUUUAAACAAAUUGUAAAUAAUGGAUCCCUUUAUCGUACAUCCGUGUCUGUGCGUCAAAUGAUAAUAAAUGUUUACGCCUCCAGCCUUUUUUUUUUUUUUUUUUUUAACACAGCAGCGCCACCUGACUUUUUAGUAGCAGUUUAGCUUUUUACAACUUCUGUGACCACGUGACCCUCGGGCCCGCAGGUGUCGUUAAAGCCAAGCCAUUUUGGCAUUCUUGUUCAAAUGGAAUCAUCAGUCUUGUUUUUUUCUCUGGAUAUUAAAACGUAUAGACAUUCUAUUCCUUUCGACUGGAUUUGUCGGUUGAUAUUUCAUGGGUUUAUAUUUGUAAUAUUUGCAAUGUUAUUUGAACUGUUUUGCACUAAUGGGUGAGGAUUUUAAUUCAGCAAUCAUUUUCUUAAAAUGAACCCACUUGUUUAAUAGGGAUGAAUGAACUGGACAAAUAACUAACUUCAUGAACCAAUUAAUCCUAUGUUUUUUGUUUUUUU